GGGGUUGGGCGGACUCUGCCCGGCCAGGACCGGCGAAAGGGAGUGUAGUUUUUCGGCUGGAUGGGACGUAUUUGGUGUUUAGAGGAGUAGCGAAUGCAUUCAUUCAUUCGUUCACUCGGUAAAUGUGGAGCGGGUACUGUAUGCUAGGCAUUAUUUUAUGCGCUGAGGAUACAGCAGAGACCAUGAUAGACAAGGUCUCUGCUCUCAUGGCAUUGAAUUCUAGUGGGCGAGACAGACAAUGAGCAGGAAAACAAAAAUAAUCUCAAGGGAUGACAAGAGCCACGAAGACAAUAUGAUAGGAUGAUGUGGUAGCUUGUGCUUAGUGGAGGGAGCAAGAGCUACUUCAGUCCAGGGAAGAUCGUAAUGUUUAAACUAAGACUUGGGUCGACCAUGCGAAGUUCCUGGGGGAGUGCAUUGUAAGUGCAAAGGCCUUGUGGCAGGUCAAGACGCCACAUUACUGAAAAGACAGAACUGGGGAACCUGGUGAUGGCGAAGGUGGGGAGGCAUUUAUUCAUACAGUAAACUACAAGCUGUGAAGCAUGAUGUCUUGAGGGAAGAAAAAGGAGGCCAGGAUGGCUGGACCAGACUGAACUAGAAGGACAGUAGAAGAGGAUGAGACCAGAGAGCUGCCAGAAGAUGAAUUGAAUCUUCUAGUGAUCAUAGUUGACACCAACCCAAUUUGGUGGGGAAAGCAAGCAUUAAAAGAAUCGCAGUUCACUUUAUCAAAAUGCAUAGAUGCUGUGAUGGUGUUGGGAAAUUCCCAUUUAUUCAUGAAUCGUUCCAACAAACUUGCCGUGAUAGCAAGUCACAUUCACGAAAGUCGAUUCCUAUAUCCUGGAAAGAAUGGCAGACUGGGAGACUUCUUCGGAGAAGCCAGCAACCCUCCUUCUGAAUUUAAUCCCUCAGGAAGUAAAGACGGGAAAUAUGAGCUGUUAACAGCAGCAAAUGAAGUUAUUGCCGAAGAGAUUAAAGACCUAAUGACCAAGAGUGACAUAAAGGGUCAACACAUGGAAACUCUGCUGGCAGGGUCCCUCGCCAAAGCCCUCUGCUACAUUCAUAGAAUGAACAAGGAAGUCAAAGAUAAUCAGGAAAUGAAGUCAAGGAUAUUGGUGAUUAAAGCUGCAGAAGACAGUGCUUUGCAGUAUAUGAACUUCAUGAAUGUAAUCUUCGCGGCCCAGAAACAGUGUUCAUUUCAGAGUAUUUUGAUUGAUGCCUGUGUUUUAGACUCCGAUUCAGGACUCCUCCAACAGGCUUGUGACAUCACAGGAGGACUGUACUUGAAGGUGCCUCAGAUGCCCUCCCUUCUGCAGUAUUUGCUGUGGGUUUUCCUUCCUGAUCAAGACCAGAGAUCUCAGCUAAUCCUCCCGCCCCCGAUUCACGUUGACUAUAGGGCUGCCUGCUUCUGUCAUCGGAACCUCAUUGAGAUUGGCUAUGUCUGUUCUGUGUGCUUGUCAAUAUUCUGCAACUUCAGCCCUAUCUGUACUACAUGCGAGACAGCAUUUAAGAUUUCUCUGCCUCCCGUGCUGAAGGCCAAGAAAAAGAAACUGAAAGUAUCUGCUUGAGAAUAAAAGGUUUUCCCACCUUUCAGGGCUAGUGGUAGAAACUGUAAGGCAGGAUCUGGGCUGGGAAGGGUCUGGAAAGAUACAGAUACAUAGAAGGUUAUUUUUAACCUGGUUAUUCAUUUCCCACAGGAAAUAUUUCCAAAGCAGCAGUCUCAUCUUGUACUUCUGGGGGACUGAUUUGUUUGGGGGAGUCAUUCUAUGGAAUGUAUUUUUUAAUCUUCUGGCUGGAUUUUGUCCAGAAAGGGUGAGAAAGCACAAAUUUGUGAAUUUUUUAAAAAUGGGGUGAUCAUUUGUCAGAGUCCGACUGUUGUGACUGAUUAUAGAUGGAGAGCAGAUUAACCGAAUCUAGGUCCUUACUGUGAAAUAUAUAAUAUGUGACAUUUAAACAUAGUGUUGGGAAAAAGUGUACACAUGGUUACUUAUGGACUAACGGCAUUAAUCAGCACAGUACUUCUUCCUUAACCAGCAGUCAACGUCAGCAGUCAUCAUGCAAAUAGAAUCCUUAGUGUCUAAAUUGAUACCAUUCAUCUCAGUUUUCAGGUAUUAGCAGAUACUUUUGUAUGUCAUCAGUACACGUGUGGACGUUACCCAAAGAAUAAUAUCGGUUUGUCACAGAAUAACUACAGUCUGUUCUUAAAUGAGCAAGAGGAGUGAGUGCAGUUGUCUGUUAGAAAACUUUUCUUCAAAAACAGUUGCAUUAAGAGUUUAUUUGUGAAAGGUCAGAGCAGUUCUGGGAGGGAAUUUCUUGGGGAGAAUGGACCCUUAACAAUUAAGUGUGGUCCCAGAUAGAAUUCUUUUCUUUUUAAAUGAAAUAAAUAAGUAUUGGAGAAGUGUUAUCUAGAAGCUUUGGACUGAAUAGUGAAAACUUUUGGAGUUGAAAAGAAAAAUUAUUUUUAAUUUCAACAAUACAAAAAUUAUUUUUCUAUGAAAUCAUGAAGUUGUUAACAUCCUUUUGAGUUCCAGCAGAGUACAGGAAGGCUUAAGGAAUAAGCAGUUGGUUUGGUUUGUUCAUACCUAAGGUAUAUUGUAAAACCCAUUUGCGUAUGAAACCUCGUAUGUAACUAAGGUUGAAUUUUCUCUUUAUAUAAUCCCUGAAGCUAAGUAUUAUUUAAGUAACUGAGUGGUUAGGUAAUUUCUGGGAGAUUUUAUAUUCUGGAUUUGUGGUUUUAUUAACAAAUGCACAAAGAUUUUGACGAUCACUUUGCAAGUAUCUGUGACUUCUUGAGUUUGAGAAUCUGUUUGCAUAUGUUGCCUUUUAAAAAUAAUAUUUAAUAUUUUACAGCUUAAUUGAAUGUAAUCGAAAUCAGUAUUGUAUGUUUGUGUGGGAAGUAAAGCGUAUAUCUAAAAGAUGAAUAACUUGCAGCAAGCUGAUAAGGUUUUCUCUCUUAUUCAUUUGAAAUGUUUUAUAUACUUGUUUAGCUCUGUUUUUAUUCUAUUUGUGGUCUACUUU